AUGAAGAAAACCAGCGUGGUGAAUCUUGACAAACUUUUAGGGGACUUCUCACAUAUAGAAAUGAACUGCUCAGACUGCGCUACAUUCCAAAAUGUGAUUAAAGGUCUUCAACAAACUAUAGAGGAUCAAUAUAAUUUGAGAGAUGAAAACGAGACGCUCAAAAACACAAUCCAGAUUUUAGAAGAGAAAAUGAAGAGUCGUGAAAAGGAACACGAAAAUAUGGUUGAUAAACUCAUUACAGAAAUUAAAAACAAGGAGAAGGAACACAACCACGAACAGAACAAACUUCACAGCGACAUGAACAAGCAACUUGAAAGCAACAUGGAAGAGCAUAAGAAGCUAACGGAGAAGAAAGAUCUAGAGAUUUUAGAACUAACUAAACAACUGAAAGCUCAAGAAAAGGAAAAGCAGAAUGAGAUAAUCAAGUUACAAAUAGAGUUCAAUACUAAACUGGAAAGGCUGCAGACCAAAACACUGAAAGUGCAGACUAACCCAACAGGACUCCCUCAAAAUAUCUAUAGAAAGAAGCUCCAGCAUCUUCAAGAAGAAAAGAAUAAAGAAAUUGAAUUUCUUCGAAAUACUAUCAAAGACUUAGAAGAAAAGCUCGACAAACGUAAAGAUUGCUAUUUUAAACAGCGGCAAUUUUGAGAGUAACAUGAGACCACAAAUUUUACUUAGGAAACAGAACUGAAUGGGAGACACACAUUGAAUUCAAAGAUGUUUUCAUUUAUUAAAACAUAGUUUGUCCACCUGCAAGAUCUCCAGUUAUGUAUAUUGAACUACUUUCCCACUUGUAAGCAUUCACCAUAAAAUAAUUCAGGUUUUAUAGGGGUAUGGUUUCCCUACCAAACCAUCAUGAACUAUGGCAAAUACAAUAUAAAGAGUUUCCCUCUGUUCAACAUUUUCUUUCCUCUCUAGAACUUGCAAAAAUUCAGUUAAUUUCAGAAAUUUCAGAAACAACAAGACUAUUUUGCUACAUAAAGAUAGAC